CUUGGUUUAUAGAUCAGUGUAUCCUUGCGGAUUUAAAAGCCCACCCACAGACGGAAAAAAAACAGUGUUUUUCAAUGUCGUUUAUAUAAUGCGGGCAUGUAAAUGAUAGUGACCGAUUAGUAUACUGUGCUAAAUCAAAUUUAAUUGGCUGUUUGAGUUACCUUCGAAAUAUUAGCCGGUCAGAUAACGUCAGCUGUUAUACGAGCUCGCUUGGACGACUGUUCGUUGAGCUAGUUAGCUUGGUAGCUAUCUAGCUACGUGACAAAAUGGAACAUCACCAGGCAGCGAGUCGAUAUCAAGUGUUGCACAAUGAGGACGACCCCUCCGAAGGGGCCUCCGGUACUGACACGCCCUCCUGCACCCAGGCGGACCCUCGUGCAGAAGGCAGUGUGCCAGUAGACCCCGAUGCCCCACCGCCGUCAUACGCCAGCGUUACACUGGGAGCCAGUGCACCUCCAGAAAACAACUUUCAGUGUGAGUUCCCUGUGCCACCCCCGUACAGUGUUGCUACCUCCUUGCCCACCUAUGAUGAAGCAGAGAAUGCCAAAGCUGCAGCCAUGGCAACUGCCACAGUGGGGGUGGUGCAGCGGGAGGAUGUUUUUCCACCUCGAGAGGACUUCAGUGAUGCUGAUCAGCUAAAAAUUGGCAAUGAUGGGAUAUUUAUGUUGGCCUUCUUCAUGGCCUUUCUUUUCAACUGGAUCGGGUUCUGCCUGUCUUUCUGCCUGACCAACACUAUCGCAGGCAGAUACGGCGCCAUCUGUGGGUUCGGGCUGUCCCUGAUCAAGUGGAUCUUGAUCGUCAGGUUUUCUGAUUAUUUCAAUGGAUAUUUCAAUGGACAAUAUUGGCUCUGGUGGAUAUUUCUCAUUCUUGGCCUCCUGCUCUUCUUCAGAGGGUUUGUGAGCUAUCUGAAAGUGCGCAACAUGUCUGAGAGUAUGGCCACAUCCCACAGAGCACGUUUCUUCUUUCUGUACUAGAGGUUGUGGCACCUGUGAUUUCUCCUUUCAAUCAACCCUGUGAUUUCAUCAUCUACAUUGUCUGCCAAAAACUGACUCAAGGCCACAGGAAAAGCAGAAAAAAAAAUCCACAUGUACUAUAAUAUCUUUAUAGUAAAGCGGUUAAUAUAUUUGAUUGUCGCUAUUUGGUUCUGUUUAAUUCAUGUGAAUUGCCAAAUGUAUCAAAGUUGUUGCAACUGUGCAAUUUAAUGCCACAAUUUGCUUAACAUACUUAAUUUCCUUUUCCUUAAUAUAAUUACCUGAUCAUGGUUCAGUAACUGACAACUCAGUUUCCUGUUUUUUUUGGUGUUAAACAAAAUUCACCUCUAAGGAGUUUUUGCUUUUAUUUUACUGUGGGCGUGUAUGCACAUUGAUCAUUGAGCCACAUUUGCAAGCUGCUUACAGGCUUACAACAAUUUAUGCCAAUCAAUGAAUGCACUAUUUGCAAAAAUGUAUUUAUUUUUUUCUUGGUUGUGACUGGUUUAGACCAGUUAGUAUAUCCAUGUCUAGCUUUUUCAGUCAGUUUUUGAAUGUAACUUUUUGUUGUAUUUUGUUGGCCUUGUGCCUUGAGCAAUUUAUAAUUCAGUUUUUAUAUCUGCACAAAAUGUGGUCUUGAAUAUACACAGAAAUGUGACGUUCAGACAAAAAAAAAACAUGACUUGGAAUAGUCGUGUCCCAAAAAUUUGAUAGGGCUACUGUAUUUUAGCUUCAUAGCAAUAUCCAUGUGUCAUGCAGUGCUAGGUGUAGAAUAUACAAACAUAGUAAUACUAGCUGGACAGUUUAACAAAUCAGUAAAUGCAACUUUAAUUAUACAUUUGUUUAGGUAAGAGAUAAAUGCUUACUGCAGUAUAUUUGCAUGUAAGCGAACUGUCUGUUUUAAUCUAAGCAAUAGCAAUAUUUCCACAUCUGUGUCAAUGCUGGGUGAGUAAGUGCAUGCCAGUGUUUUUUUUUUCCUUUACCAGCUUCUUCUGGGCUUUGGUGGGGCCUUGGUCACACCUUCUGUGUGCCUCAAGCCUGCAGUUUUAACCCUUCAUAUGCAGGUGGUCCUCAAUGGGCCAUUUGGGUGGCAAGUAAAUGGUGGAAAUGGGUGGGGGCAUCACAGGAAACUUGUCAUCAAUAUGUGGCAAUAUGGGUUUAUGACAUCAACACCAAGAAGCUUUGCAUGGGAGGGUGUUCAGAUUGACAAUAAUAGCUCUGAGACCCAGUGGUGGACAAACAAUUUGCCAGGAGCUUGAGUUUUUUGGCAUUAGGCUUUUGGCUUGACAUGGUUGGGCCUGGCAGUGGAAAUACAGCUGUGGCUGGUGCAUGCUCAAAAUACAGUAGGGUAGAUUAAAUUGUCUUGUUUUCUUUAUUUGUUUAUUUUGCUGUCACUCAUGAAAUACAUGUACCUGUGAAUCUAAACAUAGAGGCAUAUAAUUAAUCAUGUUAUGCGGCAUCUACGAUGCAAAGCUGUUUGGUAACUGGGAUUCUGGUAUUUACUUAAUUGCUACAUGAAAAUGGAAACUGAAUGUUUGUGUUUUUUUCCAGCAGGCUGAAUUUACUGGAAAUUAAAACUGUAAUGUAAGAUUUGGAACUAUUCAUUUAUAGUUUAAUGUUUUUUUUCUGCAUAAUUGGCAAUAUCGAGAAACAAACGGCCUAUUUUAUAUUGAUUCCCCUACUACUAAAUUGGCAUUAUUUAACAGGAACAUAAAAUAUUUGGUUUAUUUAUUUACUUAAAUGAAAUUGUAUGAACUUUGAUGUCUUCUGUGUAUUUGCAAGAAUGCUGAAAUUAUUUAAUAUCGUCCCGUGCCCCCAUAGCGUCCUCCUGUAUGCACUAUAUAAGUCUUAGCAUUAAAAAAAGUCACAACAAGUGCAUUGUUGAUUAACUGGUUGAAAUAUUGAGAUUGCAGAUUUGUGGUCUUGAGUAAAUGUUUGUAAAACAGAUCAAGUUUUUAUGAGAAUUAUCGACUUGAGACAAUCGUUUGCUUACUGUAAUUUCUUGAAAAAAAAAUGUCUUUCAACAUGUCAAA